GCAGCCAUAUUCGAUGUAAAUAAAGCAGACAAUUUUUUGCUUGUCAAAAAGUUUGAAUAAAACCAAAAUGGGUCAAGAUUACUACAAUAUUCUACAACUGACGAGAAGCGCAUGUGAUGCAGAUAUCAAGAAAGCGUACAGAAAAUUGGCCCUAAAAUUUCAUCCAGAGAAAAAUGUUGGUGACCAAGACACCUAUGAGAAAUUCAAACAGGUUGCUGAAGCGUAUGAUGUGCUCAGCGAUGCUAGCAAAAGAGCCACAUAUGAUCAGUUUGGUGAGGAGGGUCUGAAGGGCGGAGUCCCGGAAGGAAGUGGAUCUGCCGGAGCAUGGACUUCAGGCUACUGUUUCCAUGGCAAUGCAGAGAAGGUCUUCAGAGAUUUCUUUGGUGGCGACAAUCCGUAUCAAGAAUUCUUUGAUCGAGUUGAUGGUGACAUGAGCAUGAGCUAUGGCGGUCUCCACGGCCGAGGAAGCAAGAAACAGGAUGCGCCCAUCGAAAGAGAACUUGCUUUAUCACUGGAAGAGGUCUUCCAUGGUUGCACCAAAAAGAUGAAAAUUUCAAGAAGAGUGAUGAAUGAUGACGGACACACUUCCAGCAUCCGAGAUAAGAUCUUAACCAUUACUGUUAAGAAGGGAUGGCGGCCUGGAACACGCAUCACAUUCCCAGAGGAGGGAGACCAGGGACCCAACAAUGUACCAGCUGAUAUUGUAUUCAUUGUAAAAGAUAAAGUUCACCAACGAUUCAGGCGGGAGGGCAUCAACCUCAUCUACACAGCACAGGUUCCUCUUGGCAAGGCUCUGACUGGCUGCACCGUUGACAUUCACACAUUGGACGACAGGAUACUUCACAUACCCAUCACAGAUAUUGUCACGUCUGGCUUCACAAAAGUUGUACCCGAUGAGGGCAUGCCCAUCUCAAAGGACCCAUCCCAGAAAGGAGACCUCGUCAUCACAUUUGAUAUCGUUUUCCCAAAAAGUCUAUCACCAGAGAAAAAGGAGCUAAUCAAACUUGCAUUACUCCCAUAGACGGAGUGAGGGUGAUAAUAAAAUGGACUGAGACUAUUGUCUCUUUCAAAUACUUAUUUCUAUAAAUUCCGUCCAUCAUGCCCUAAGAUUUCCUAAUUCUCAUCUCUAUAGUAUUUUUAAAUGCCCAAACCAUUUGGUUUUAAAAUUGCAGUGUUAACCCUAAAACACUAGAAAAGGUGCAUUGUACCAUAACAUCUCUUUGGUUUUUAAUGCAGAAUUUUCAAAACAAGUUCAAUCGGUAUAGGAAUCAAGUUCGACAUGGAAAUGAAAGGUAAUGUGAAAGGUUAGGCAAGAUAAAACACCUAUGCCUUAUUUUGGCACAAUUAAAUGGAAAUGGGACAUUUUAACGCCAUGCCCAAUCCAAUAAAUUCGUAAUUUGACAGUAGAGUCCUCUUACAAAUCAAUCAUGGAGCACAAAACUUGACAGAAUUGAAAGUUGUCCAUCAUUAUGUGUGUAUAUUGUAUUUUGUAUAUAUAUAUGAAGAAAUAUUGAAUAAAAUAUAUUGA